AUGCCUAGAUUUAGUUCGACACCAUUGUAUGGAGGCGCGCUGGUUUGCGAUCUGCCAGAGCAUUUCGUGGAUGUUAACAAGAUUCGCCAAGUUCCAGAUAACCAAGAGGUCUGGAUCGACGAGAAUGGGUUUACUUCGAUCAUCUUUGACAUAACCGAGCGCGUUGGUCCGAAGGGCAGAGGGCCAGAAAUUGAUGGGCGGGCCUUGACACAGCAUCUCGAGGAUAUCGUCGGCGAUGAUAUUGAUACCGUGAAAGUGUGGAGUUCGUCGGCGACUCAAUUCUCGCGGCUAGGCAACGAUGAUAUUCCCGCCUACACCCUGAUCGCAACUCAAACCCCUAAAGCGGCGAGAACAGAACAAGACUCGGCGCCUGAUUUUACCGCUAUCAUCCUCACGCUUGUGCGCCUCGAGCAGGAGUCGACAGACAUAGCCAUCACGAUUAACGUUCCCCAUAUUAAGGGUGAGUAUGUGGAGGCUGAGAUCGAUCUGGAGCUUGGGAAGCAGGGAGUGCUCAUUGGCGAGGCCGUGGAGUAUGCGGCGAGGAUUUGGGAUACCUUGAAAAUUAAAGAUUGGGGGUUGUUUAAGGAGGUCUAG